AUGCCGGAUUUGAAUACUCUUGACAAAUCAUACUUGACGUACUCUGUUUGCAAAGCAACAGUUGAUCUYGGAUUCCUGAUCGAUGGCUCAUCAAGUAUUGGAUCGCCUAAAAACUUUUCCAAAGAAUUAGAUUUUGUCAUACAUGUUCUSGGGGGAUUCGAGGUUUCACAGAAAGGCACCCAURUCGGAGCAGUCCUUUUUACUGACAGGCAAAGACUCAUCAAUGAUUUUGACCAAUCUUAUGACAAACAAUUUAUCAUUGAUAGAAUAAAUAGUACUCAAUGGCCUACAGGAUAUACUAGAAUAGGUGACGCCAUAAGGUUUGUAAAAAAAGAAUUGUACGAACAAAGCAGGAGGUUGAAAGGAGUACCUAAGAUUCUUAUAAUUUUGACCGAUGGUGUAUCUCAGGACAGAACWGUGAGUAAGGAUGCGCAAGAGCUACGUGAUUUUGGGGUAAUUAUCUUUGCGGUUGGUAUUGGCAGAGACCUUGAUAUUAAUGAGUUGAAAAGCAUGGCAACGAAUGGCGAUUCAGAUCACGUCUUUCAUGUCGAGGACUUGGACAAACUUCAUACAAUCGUAAAAGCAAUCGACGAMAUAGCUUGUCAAAAUGUAGGAGGAGUCACUAAGCCACCACCUCGUAAAGAAGUGCCAAAUAUAUUAAUAGUUAUGACAGAUGGGAAAUCAUCCGAUGAUGUUGGGCCUCCUUCUAAAGCAUUGCAUGACUCAGGUGUAUUGAUCUACAGUCUUGGAAUGGGAAAGAACUUCAAUGUCAAUGAUCUAGAAAAAAUGGCAUCUGAUCCCAAAAGCGAACACGUGUUCACGGCGGAUUUCAAGGAGCUUUCUGGCCUCAUUCAGCAAAUCAAGAAUAAGGUGUGCACAUACUCAAGACCUUUGUUUGACAUAAUGGGAAGCCAUUAAUAAACACAUAUACACCAAAUUCAGAAUGUUCCAGAGAGGCUGUAGUCUCAGUGGUCAAAAAGGACAUUCGCAUACGCUCGAAUCGCAAACAUUGUUCCUUACCUGACAACUAAGAAAGAGAGUGCGAAAAUGACGAUCAGUUUGACUAUUUGAUUAACGAAAUGCUCUUCAUUAAAGCGAAAAGACCUUCGAUUAAAGUUUAAAG